AUGGAGAGUCUGGAGAAGCAGCUCAUCUGUCCCAUCUGCCUGGAGACCUUCACCAAGCCCGUGGUCAUCCUGCCCUGCCAACACAACCUCUGCCGCAAGUGUGCCGACGACGUCUUCCAGGCGUCCAAUCCCUACCUGUCGACGAGGAGCGGCUCGACGGUGACGUCCGGAGGUCGUUUCCGCUGCCCGUCCUGUCGCCAUGAGGUGGUCCUGGACCGCCACGGGGUCUACGGACUGCAGAGGAACCUGCUGGUGGAGAACAUCAUCGACAUGUACAAACAGGACAGCAGCAGUAAACCGUCCUCUGUGGUGAAGGUCGAUCAGCUGAUGUGUGUUGAUCAUGAGGAUGAAAGAAUCAACAUUUACUGUGUGAGCUGCAGCGCCCCCACCUGUUCACUGUGUAAAGUGUUCGGAGCGCACAAAGACUGUGAGGUGGCUCCUCUCGACACCGUCUUCACCGCACAAAAGGCGGAGUUGACCGACUGUAUCUCCAUGCUCGUUGGGAAUAACGAGAGGAAUCAGGCGAUCAUCGGUCACCUGGAGGAAACCUGCAGAGCUGUUUAUGAGAACGGCAGCAGACAGAAGUCAAAGUUGUGUGAAACCUUCGAUCACCUGUUCGCUCUCCUGGAGGAGAAGAAAGGUCAGAUGACUCUGAGGAUCAGCUCUGAACAGGAAGUGAGACUAGACAACAUCCGAGGUCUGAGGAGGACGUACAGCGAGCACAUGGACGCUGCCGCCCAGCUGCUGGAGAACGCCAUUCAGACGCUGGACGAGUCUGAGAUGGCCGUGUUCCUGCAGACGUCCAGACCUCUGCUGCAGAAGAUCGUGAAGGGAACCAACACGUCUCACCUGGAUAAACUCCAACACGGAUACGACAACAUGGAACUCUUCACUGCUAACUUUAAACUUCAGAGCCAAGCGCUGAGCAACAUUUCCUUCAUGAGAGCUGAUGAAGACGAUGAAGAAGAUGAGAUCAGAGUGACGUCACCAGGGAGUCGAGCUGAGUUGCAGCCUGCAGCCAACCAGCAGCCUCCUCUUCCACCUGCACAGCUGUCAGCCCCCACCACUCAGAGACCCUCAGAGACCACACCCACGAUCACGUCACAUACAAGAAACCCCACCCCUUCGUCUUCCAGUCAGACAACGCCCCAUCUACCCCCGCCCACUGCCAGCUCCACCCCCAGAUUGCUGCUGCAGGUCGAGUCCGAUCAGAGCGAGUUGAGCGACAGCGACGGCCAGAGACACGUGUUCUCCUUCAGCUGGCUCAACCAGAAGUGA